AUGGCGCCUCGUACACUCACCCUCUACCACUACGACUACUCCAUUUGCUCCCUCAUGGUCCGCUAUACCUAUGCGCUCCGCGGAGAACCAAAGGACGAGGCAUCCGACAUCAUACUCACCGAGCGGCACGUUGAUCUUUUCCGCAGUGAACAACUAACUGAGGACUUUCUCCGCAAUAUCAAUCCCAAGGGACAGGUACCCGUCUUGGUUGGCGACGGUCUCGAUAAUCCACUUGCCGAUAGUCUCGAAAUCACCCAUUACCUGGCCACGUUGUACCCUAACUUGAUACCUGGGUCGCAGAAAGCAGAAAUCACUAAACUCUUGGGGGACUUGCAUGCGUUGAACUUUUUCUCUCUGUCGUACGCAGGACGUCAUGUGGUGACCCAAGGCUUUGAAGCUGCCAUCCGUAGCAGGAUGGACGGUAAUAUUUCGCCACAAUACCAGACUGCACUGGAGUAUAAAUUGAAAGUAACACAGAGCGAAAAGACGGCCGGGUUGGCGACCAAUGUGGUGGAAAGUAUGGUCGAAAGGGCCAAAGCUCUCAUGCACACUUUUACCAAUUUGCUUCAACCUGCGACUGAGGAUCAAGCAAAUGGCGCAACGGCCGCCCCAUGGUUAUUUGGCCUGUCCAGGCCCACAGCUUUGGAUGCACAUUUGGUAACUUUCAUCGGAAGAAUGCUGGAUGUCAAUCGAAAAGAUCUCAUCCCUAACAGAUUGAUGAAAUAUGCUGAGGAUGCUUGGGCGGGAAGUGAAUGGCAAAGGGUCAUGCAGGGUAGGCCAACUCAUCUUGGAGGUUGA